AGUUUAGCUGUCGUGUCCAUGGGGUGAAAGGCAACUACGGCAAGCAAAAGCAGUCAGAAAGAACGGUGCUGAGUAAACAUCAGCAGGACUUCAGUUACUCCACUGUGCCUGAAUUAAUAGGACGAAUAUUUACCCGUUAACUGUGAUUCAUAGCAGUGUAAUGAGAUUGAAAGAGAGGUCUGGGCAGCUCAGAUUAUGGAGCUGGUUCCUGCUCUGCUCCAGCUGUACGCUGUCUAUAUGGGCUCAUGGAGGACAGCAUGGAGAACCAGCUGCUUCAAAUCAAGAGCCCCCGCCAAUCAUCCGGCUGGACAGGAACAUGGUUCAGGAUAAGGACCACAUUAUGGAGCAUUUAGAAGGGGUGAUUGAAAAGCCGGAGUCGGACAUGACACCUCAAGAGCUGCAGCUUCACUAUUUCAAGAUGCACGACUAUGAUGGCAACAAUCUGCUGGAUGGACUUGAGCUUGCCACUGCCAUUACUCAUGUGCACAGAGAGGAAAGAGGAGAAGAUAGCCAGCCAAUGAAGGAAGAGGAUCUCAUCAUUCUCAUUGAUGACGUCCUCCGAGACGAUGACAAAAACAACGAUGGCUACAUUGACUAUGCAGAGUUUGCGAGGUCUCUGGAGUAAAAGACGACGGGAACAACCGUGGCCUUACUGUGAAUGCAGAUUACCUCUGAUGUACAAAUCUCCAGCACAUUCCUUUCUUGCGUGCCUGCGAUUUCACAGGCGCUGUAUAUUCAUGCUUUAGUAUAACCAGUAUAAAAUAUGUCGUACAAUGACAUCGUGAGGGGCAUGUAGUGACGUGAGAUGUUUUGUGUUUAUGCCAUCUGUGUAACAUUAAUUCAUUGUUGCACUCACAUCUGCAUCUCUUAUCAGAAUGGGCCCUUGAUGUAUAAACUGCCAAAUUGAUUAGCUAUGAACAAGCAUAUAUUGUUAUUAUUGAAUAAAUACUUUGCAGUGACACUCUUCUGCAAAGCUGAUGGUUAAAUGAAGCUAAAGUGGGAUGUAAUCGCUGCUCUGCUGAUGAAUGAUGGCAAACAUGCACUCUUUCUGCCUUAAAGGGAUUAUCACUGUUACUGUCAUUAUAAAAAUACCCAUUCAAAACGAUCUGAAAGGACAGAACUUUCACAUGUUGAGCACAGAACAUCUAACGUAGAUGUAGAUUUGGGUUGACCUAGAUUUGCAUUGAAAUGUGCAAAAUGCUUGUUCGGACCUGGAUGAAUCCCGCUGUAGAGCUAAUGCUACUUUGGUUGGAUUUAACAGCUACCAUCUGUUUGAUGAAGUUGUCCAUUUCUAGAACAGAAAUAGAACUUGUGUCCACUAAAACAUCAGGGUGAACUGAUUUUCAGCUUCCUAUAGAGUCUGAAUGUACACAAAAUGUCAUAUGGGUCAAUGACAUGAUGCUGUUUUUGUUAUGAUCUAUUAAGUUAUUCAGAAACACAGUUAAAUCCUUAUACUAGUGA